AAAACGAAGGAGGCGGUCAAACCAAGAUGGCGUUCCGCGAUGAAACAGGAAAUAUACUCGGGUUUCAGUAAACCUCCCAAUCCGAGAGCGUCGAGCGGAGCUUGUUUUUACGAAGACAAGUGAGAGACAUAUUCGGAGACUGAAGACAGUGCAGAUACUGUUACUCUAAAUGGCUGCGAGGAAGUCUGGAUCAGAUAUCCACAACAACGGACCUGUCAGCUACCUUGAUGAUGUUCCCUUCAAGCUCAAUGAGAAAUUCCGUUGUCCCUCAAAAGUUGGCCUUCCUAUUGGUUUCUGUUUGUCUGACUCUAAUGCCAUACUCUCAGAUUUGCAAUAUGACUUCAACCUAGAGAGACGGACCGUUCAGUGGGGUGAAGAGCUUGCUAAAGCACGUGCCGCUGAGGCUCGAGCAGCAGAGGCCAUUCGGACUGACUCUGAAAGCGAAAGGCAAGCUGCUUCUCAGGAUGCAGAAGUCGGAUUGGUUGGGGGGAAGAAAGCUCGCCCCUCUGAUGAACAGGACAUUGUCCCACCAGCAUUGAAGCCAGUAUUAGCUGGGUUAAGUCAUAACGCAAUCCUUACACCGCUCCCAGCCCCAUCUUUUGGACAGACGCGACCAGCACCUAGCAACCCAGCCCCACAGUAUCUGAACUUAGCAGACUUUGAGCGAGAAGAGGACCCAUUCGACAAACUUGAGCUUAAAACACUGGACGACAAAGAGGAAUUGCGGACUAUUCUACAGAGCCAACCACAGUCGUCUGUUUCACCUCCUCAACUUCCUCCAGCAGAACAUCGCCCGGUUUCUCCAAGCACUACGCCUCCUCUCCAGGUUAAAACAGGAAUCUUCCAUAAACCCAAUGGACUGGUUGGACUUUUGGACUUGGACCGGGGUGGGGUUUUGGGGGGGCAGAUUGAUGCUGACCGCCCAUGUAAUAUUCGCUCACUGACUUUUCCCAAGCUUUCAGACCCAGGAGACUCUCCAUUGGAAACUCCUCUCAGUGUUUACCCAGUAGCUCCACCACGCAGCCUGUCUAACGGCACACCACCAUCUUUUCAGAGAACAGCAUCAAAUAACAACACAACACUUCCACAAGAGCAGCCCGUCUUCGCUCAGAAUGGGACACCGAAGCAGUCAAACCCCGUCACCGUGACUAGCCAUCCACCUGCUGGCACGACCCUUCUCAGCCUCUCUCCCAGCGAGCGACAGUGUGUGGAGACCAUUGUGGGCAUGGGUUAUUCCUAUGAGGGUGUUCUCAAAGCCAUGCAGAGACAAGGACAGAAUGUGGAGCAGGUGCUGGAAUACCUGUUUACUCACAGUCGACUGUGUGAUCGAGGCUUCGACGCGACAGCUGUGGAGGAGUGUUUAGAGAUGUAUCAGGGCUCAGAGGAGAAGGCUCUGGAGUUUCUGCAGCUGAUGUCCCGCUUUGGGGAAAUGGGCUUUGAGAGGGACACUAUUAAAGAGGUACUGCUUGUGCACAAUAAUGACCAGGACAAAGCACUGGAGGAUCUGAUGGCCCGAGCGACUGCGAGCUGAGCCACAGAGAGUCUCCCCAUCUAGAGCCGACCCUCAGAAGGGGGGGGGGUCAUGGCUGUGGAUGGGGGUGAUUUCUCUUCUCUUUGACAAGACAGCUGAUUUUGUUCCCUAAUAAAGAUAUACCUCUUGGGGCAGGGAUUGACCGCACCACCCGCCGGUGCAUCCAUCCCUCCUCAGCUGUAUGUCUAUUAAGUGAUCUUAGAAUGGUAACGAGUGGGAGGAGCCAACCUCUCCUCCGAGAAUCGACAUUGGCUCUCUGUUGCCAUGGUGACAGGCUAGAGUGGGUGGAGCUGGAGAAAACAAAACUGAGUGGAGCCGCAGUUUUUGCUACACUCGAAGCUAUAACGCUGCCAUCUCCCGCUGCUGGACGCAGGCUUUUCAAACUGAAACCUGAACCUUCGUAAACACAACCCAUGGCAGAGCAGAGACCCCACAGAAGUGCCCUCUCUCUCUCUCAAUUCUGUCUCUGCUGUUUGUUUAUUCACUUGUCGUUUAUGUUUGACAGGCGGAAACACUUUUCCUUCAUUCGUUCUUUUUUUUGGCAUUGUGUUUCUUUGCCCUACAAUAAGUAACUGCUUUAACAGAACUAAUCACCUUUAUGUAAGAACAAAAGUGCAGUCUUUUUUGUUUUUACCCCCAGUUGGCUUUCGCACUGGAUUGAACGCAUUUGGCAAGAGAAAUUGGCAAGGGUAGAUUGAGUCGCCACAUUUUCAAACAAUUGACAUGCGAAUACUGCACAGGCACACUGAAUCACAGAUGUUAAUAUAAGCAUAUUUAAAGAUCUGUAAAGAUACACUGUUUCCAUCUGUAAUAAAGAAAUUGAGGAAAUGAA